UUUCGAUCAGGCAGAAUGUGCGGAAAAUUUUUCAAAACUAAAAUAUUGAAGAAAACGCACGCAUCAAUGAAUCAAACGCAGCAACGUCAAGCAAAAGCUACGCAUCUGGUCGAUGAUUAUGAAAUAUCGAAUACAGUCCUUGGACUGGGUAUUAAUGGCAAGGUGGUACAAUGUACACACCGUCAAACCAAUCAAAAAUAUGCAUUGAAGGUAUUAUUAGAUAGCCCAAAGGCAAGAAGAGAAGUUGAUUUACAUUGGAGGGUAAGCGAUUGCCGUCAUAUUGUCAACAUAGUCGAUGUAUACGAAAAUACAUAUGCAGGCAAUAAGUGUUUAUUGGUUGUUAUGGAAUGCAUGGAAGGAGGUGAACUCUUUCAACGUAUACAAGAUAAUGCGGACGGUGCUUUUACUGAAAGAGAAGCUGCUCAGAUAAUGCAUGAAAUUUGUGUUGCUGUCCAUUAUCUGCAUAGUCGCGACAUUGCUCAUCGGGAUUUGAAACCUGAAAACUUACUAUAUACAUCUCCACAACCAAAUGCUAUUUUAAAAUUAACUGAUUUUGGAUUUGCCAAAGAGACAUCGGUGAAGGAUACAUUGCAAACACCCUGUUACACACCGUAUUAUGUCGCUCCCGAAGUGUUGGGACCGGAAAAAUACGAUAAAAGCUGCGAUAUUUGGUCGUUGGGUGUUAUCAUGUAUAUUUUACUAUGCGGCUUUCCGCCAUUCUAUAGCAACAAUGGGCUAGCAAUUUCCCCAGGAAUGAAGAAACGUAUACGGACUGGACAAUAUGAUUUCCCUAAUCCCGAAUGGCAAAAUGUCAGCCAGGCGGCCAAGAGUUUAAUAAAAGGAAUGUUGAAUGUGGAUCCAAGUAAACGCUUGACCAUUGAAGAUGUGAUGCGUAAUAAAUGGAUUGCUCAGUAUACGGAAGUGCCACAAACACCCCUUUGUACAGGCCGAAUGUUGAAAGAGGGCGAGGAAACUUGGCCUGAAGUUCAAGAAGAAAUGACUCGCUCCCUGGCCACCAUGCGAGUUGACUAUGAUCAAAUGCACAUUAAGGCUCUGGAUAAGUCAAACAAUCCUUUAUUAAGUAAGAGAAGGAGAAAAAUUGAGGAAUUGGCUGCACAAAAUAAGUAAAAAACCUAAACAAAAAAAAAUAAAUAAAUAAAAAAUAAAUAAAUAAAUAAAAUAAAAAAUAGACGCAACGGAAGUAUAAGAGCUACAUUAAAAAGAAAUUCAAUUUAAAUGCAAACACAAAUUCCAAUUCUAUAUGCAUUGUAUAUAUUUGAAAAACAGCGUUGCAAUAAUUCGUUAAGAACAUGAUUAUAUCCUUGCUUUAUAUGCAGGCGAUAUAAGCAAUCUUAAGUGCUUAUAUUCUUUUUCGAUAACUAUGUUUAAGCAGAUGCCUUAUCCUAGCAAAGCAAAUAAUACUAUGUAAACUACAAUGAACUCAGUGAUUUUAAUUGCAAGCUAUUCCAUAAAAAGAAAAAAGCAAAAGUUUUAUAUAAAUCACAAAAUUAUUUCCUUCUUCUUCUUCUUCUUCUUCUUUCUAAAAUGCAAUAUUAACUACUCGCUGUCUACACAUUUUGGAUUAAUCUAUUUUCACCAUGUCUAGAGAAUUAUUCGUAUUCAACAUUAUCUGCCUAUUGAUAUAUAUAUACAUAUAUAUAUAUAUAAGUGAAUAAGUAACUAAAUUAUUAUUUCACUUAGUUUAGUAAGUAAAAGACAAGCGGCUCAAGUAUGUGGUGCUUAUUGACCUCCACAAAGAAUUACUA